ACUCCAGCUCGCUGUCUCUCGUUUGGGGACCGAUCGGACGUUUUUAUUUAUCCGAUGUCUCCAACCUGACUCUGCGGGAAUCUGCGAAGCCUCGACGGCUGCUUGCGACCCGCUAGCCAUCCGGUGCUCGCUCCCCUUCCUCUGAAUGCAGUAACUGAGAGUCAUGGCAACCGGAGGCGCUCCUUUCGAUGACAGUUCAGAAGAGCUGCACAACUGGACGGUAACCAAUAGCAGUCUGGAAGACAGACUCAACAACAUGGACUGGGGUGUGCAGCAGAAGAAAGCCAACCGCUCCUCAGAGAAGAACAAGAAGAAGCUGUCGGCUACGGUGGUGGAGAGCCGUCUGACUAAUGACAUUUCACCCGAGUCCACCCCCGGGGCCGGUCGCAGGAGGGCCCGCACUCCUCAUUCUUUCCCACAAAUCAAAUACACCACCCAGAUGUCUGUCCCGGACCAAGCUGAGCUGGACAAGCUGCGUCAGCGGAUCAAUUUCACAGACCUGGAUGAGAGGAGCAUCGGCAGUGACUCCCAGGGGCGUGUCACAGCUGCCAACAACCAGCGGCAGUUAGCCGGAGAGCACAAGAGACCCUACAACUUCCUACCUCUGCAUGUCAACACUAACAAGAGCAAGGAGCUGCUGCCUCCCUCCUCCUCUGCCCCAGCCACUCCAGCCAUCACCAAGGAAACCAAGAAGCAGAGCCCAGGAUUCAGGGAUACGUUAACCCCUGUGAUUCCUCGGCUCAGCCUCGGUGGUGCCGAGAGAGGGCCCUUGGUGCACCGGGCAUAUGGGAGAGGGGAGCCACAAGUAGACAGCAGCCAGGUGGUGAGCAAGCUGAUCCAGAUCCGGGAGUACAUCAGCAAGGCCAGCUCCAUGCGGGACGACCUGGUGGAGAAGAACGAUGUGCCGGCCAACGUGGAGCGUCUCUCUCACCUCAUCGACCACCUCAAGGAGCAGGAGAAGUCUUAUUUACGGUUCCUGCAGAAAAUGCUGGCACGGGAGAAUGAGGAGGACGAUGUAGGGACCCUGGACUCUGCCGUGGGCUCAGGUUCCCUGGUAGAGAGCACUUCUCUUAACAUUGAGGUCCGCUCUUCCGAAGCCUCAAAUGCUAUGGGCGGUAGGUCAGAAGUUGUGCGUGCUGACCAGAAGGAGGAGUUGGAGAAUCUGCGUAAGCAACACGAGCUGCUGAAGAAGAUGCUGGAGCAGCAGGAGCAGCUCAGGGCCCUGCAGGGCCGCCAGGAGGCUCUGAUGGCCAUGCAGCACAGCGCAGAGCAGGCAAUGGCUGUGAUCGAAGACACCGUUGUCACAGAAACCACCGGCAGUGUAUCCGGCCUGAGCAUCACAUCAGAACUGAAUGAUGAAUUAAACGAUUUGAUCCAGCGGUUCCACAACCAGCUACAUGACUCUCAGACUAAAGCGGUGCCAGACAACCGUCGCCAGGCGCAGAGUCUUUCCCUCUCCAGGGAGCUGUGCUGGUCCAGGGCUCCCCAGGCUGUCGGCCCACCUCAACACAGGCCACUGCUCCACUCAGCCUCCGGCCCGCACACUGGACUCGACACUGGAGCAACAGCUGCCACCGUCAAACUCACCAAGCUCCAAGAACUCCACGACAAAAAGCAAACUAUGGACAAGAUCCUGCAGGAGCUGCAUUCACUGAGAGACCAGACUCUCAACAAUAACUCAAGUCGUGGCCUGUCGGCGCAGUUCAGCCUGAGUAUUGGAGGAUCUUCAGAUGGUGCAGCUGCUCUGUGCACUAAUGGAGCCUCGGCUUCCACUUCCUUUCAUCCGUCCCUCGCACAACACCAGGACAGUGCCAACUCCACAGACAAGCUCAGGAAGCUGAAGGAGGUCCACAAGCGUUUGAAUGAGCUGCGGGAGUUAGUUCAGUACUACGAGCAGACGUCUGAUAUGAUGGUGGAUGCGGUCAACGAGAAUGUGAAAGAGGAUGAGGACGAUGAGGAAGAUGAAACGGAGGACGGUUCUAUAUUUGAAGGCAUGUUUGACUCUGAGCAGGAGAACCGCCAGCCUGUGACUAAUAUCAGAAACCCACAGCGCAGAGGGAACUGGACAGACCUGAACAGCCUGAGCAACGGGCGCGGUGUCAGGAGCGGUGGUACCAACAACCGGGACGGCAGACUGAACACUGAGUGUGAGAUCAACAACCGGUCGGCAGCCAACCUCCGCAGCUUCAAACUUCCCUCAGCCAUAGAGUGCCAGUACAACAGGGACACUCCUUAUAACCAGGUGAACCAUGAGGCUGAAGACGAGGAAAGUCUGGAUCAAGACACCGGGGCCCAGGCUGCGGCUCCGGACAGCGAAGCAUCGGGGUCCAGUCGGAGGAGCAGCCUGGGGAACAAUGGAGGAUUUCCCCAGAAGGUCCAUCGUCAGACGGCGAAGCAGAAACUCCGGCAGCUGCAGGAACUGGUUGCCAUGGUUCAGAGUGAUGACACAGAUGCUACAACAGCCAACGAGGAUGAGGUUUUACACCAACAGCCGAAUAACACCAGAGCUACUGCAGUGAGACCACUGGGAUCGGGAUCCAAACAGAAUUCCAGAGACCUGACUCUCUCCAGCAAGGCCAGGGAGAAGUUGUAUGCGGAGAAGCUGCUUCAGCAGAAACACGAGUUGAAGCAGCUCCACGAGGAGCGUCAGAGACUCACUGAAAUUCAAGACAAGAUCCACGACCUCGAGUGGGCUUGUCCCGACCUCCAGUCAUCUGUGUCCAGCACGGUGAGUCAGCAGGGUUUGCUGAAGAAGGUCCCAGUUGCAGUUUCCACUCCGGCCACUAUCAAGACUUCUUCAUCUUCCGGACUAAAAAUCAACUCGGGUGUCCUCAAACCCACUGCUCCAGAAGCAGCUACAUCUUCAGUCACUGACAAUGAGCAGCUUUGGUCAGAGAUGCGACGCCACCAGAUCCUGCGGGAAGAACUGCGCCAGCGCAGGAAGCACUUAGAGUCCUUGAUGGCUGAACACCAGAGACGUAGUGGCGUCGGGGAUUCUCCUCGCCGGACCGACGACCAAGACAGCCUUGCUACGCCCUCGCUGACUGUCAGCAGGGAUGAAAGGACAAUGGCAACCUGGGGUUCCUCUCCGUGCCCCCUCGAUGGUGAUGAUGAUGAUGAUGAUGAUGACGACGACGACGACGAUGAUGAUGAUGAAUAUCACACAGACAUACGUGCAGAGGAGGAAGACGAGCAGGAAGCAUGUGCAGACAGCACCUCUGACGACGACAUCCACAUCUACCUUUCGAGCAGGAACCAGGGCCCUUACAGUAACAGGAAUAAUCAAGGAAGUAACCUGAAGCCUCCACCAGCUUUCUCAAGUGAGUGUGGUGGAAAUCUUCAUAACAAGACGAAGGUCAAGCAGCAGCAGCCGCAGCCGCAGCCGCAGCCGUCAAGGAGUUUGAACCAGUCUGCAAACGAACAUGGAGGAACGCGGCGGCAGGAGAACCUCCGCUGGGCUUCAGAGCUGUCCUUUGCUGAAGGCUCGUCUCCCUGGCAGGAUCAGAUCAGCCAGCUGCAGAGACAGCUGGAUUUCAGCACCAGCAUGUGUCAGACUCUCCUGCAGGACCAGCAGACCCUGUCCUACAUGUUGCAAACCAUGCUGACGAGUCAGUACAGCACGUUACCGAACAACCUGCCAACGCCACAGGUCCAACUGGUCAUGCACCAGCUCAACCAGUGUUACACACAGCUGGCUUGGCAGCAAAACAACAUACAAAGACUAAAGCAGGUCCUGAACGACCUCCUUUGCCAGCAGCAGCAGCAGCAGCAGCAACAACAACAGCAGCAGCAGCAGAAACACCAGCAGCAACAACAACAGCAGCAGCCGUCCUCUUCAACAGCAGGUUGGCAGACACAGAAGCAGAGUUCAUCCCAGGAAUCCAGCUCUGCUCCCUCGGCAUCUCCUGGCGUCUUCCCCUUCUCCUCUGCCCUGCAUCCUAAUACCAACAACAUGUCUCCAGCUGCCAUGUCCCUGUUCCCUCCCAGCUUCAACUUGUAUCCACAGUUCCCUGCUCCCAUGGCUGACUUCCCUCAGGAUGCAGCAGGUCACGCUGCGUCCGACCACCAGAAGCAGCAAUUAGACCCCAACACUUCAAUCAAAACAGAGUACAUGAGUUUCCCUCCUCCGCUGCAGCGCUCUCCUCUUAACAAGACAACAGGAAGAGGAGCUUCUGGCUGGCUUAACACCUCCUACGCCAACAACGCCGUCCAGACUCACCCGUCUAAAAAUAGCCCCCAAGAGUCGCUCCCCUCCUCUCCCUUCUCUCCUUUUGUGAACCUCACCUCCAGACCUCAAGACUUUGACCAGGCGUCCCUGGAGAGCUUCUCCAGCAUGCCCGAUUCUUUUGACCCCACCACUGUAACCAAGACUUUCAAGGCUGGGCGAAAGGCCUCGGCACAAGCCAACCUGGCCUCCCGAAGCAAGACUCCCAACACCAAGAGUCGUCGCAGGUGGAACCAAGGGCACAAGAACAACAGCGAAGACAGUUACAGUGACAGCGUCAGCAGCACCGUGGACUUCAUCCAGGAGAGGGCUGCCCCGACUCGUCCGAAGAACCAGAAUCAGAGUUUGCUCGACAAGCUGACUCAAGAGAAACUAAACAGCAAGACGAAGCCUGGGAAUAAAAGAAAUGACCUGUCCUCUGCCUAUGCUUGGAGGACACCCUUCCUCUCUAACAGAAUUGCAUGCACAGAAGCACCAGAUGCGAGCAGCGACUUCUCUCUGUUCGAGGCUCUGAGGGAAACCAUCUACUCUGAGGUGGCGACCUUGAUUUCCCAGAAUGAGUCCCGGCCCCACUUCCUCAUCGAGCUCUUUCAUGAGCUGCAGCUGCUCAACACCGACUACUUACGGCAGAGGGCGCUCUACUCCCUCCAGGAUAUCGUGACUCGGCACCUGGCAGAGAAGAGUGCAGCUGAAGACCGGCUGCCCCCCCUCGGUCCUGUGGUGUGGGCCACAGGCUCCCACUCCGAGCAGAUGCCCGAGAGUCUGGAUACCAGUGAUGCAGAGGUGGUGGAGAAGAAUGUGAACACACAGAACAGGAUGAAGAAGCGGGAUGAUGGAGAGUCGGUGGACAACGACAGCACCAUGUCGACCUCCUCCAACCUGGAACCAUUCGCCGGUGACGACCUGGGCAACACGGUGAUUCAUUUAGACAAAGCUCUGGCCAGGAUAAGCGAGUAUGAGGGCAACCCUGCUCGACCCGUGGAAGGAGCAGCAGCUGGAGACAUGCGCUGUCCACAGAUCGACACGCAGCAGUUGGAUCGUCAGAUUAAAGCCAUCAUGGCAGAAGUCAUUCCCUUCCUAAAGGAGAACAUGGACGAGGUGUGCUCCCUGCAGCUGUUGACGUCCGUGCGGCACAUGGUCCUUGCUCUCACGCAGCAAAACGACGAAAGCAAGGAGUUUGUUCGCUUCUUCCACAGACAGCUGGGAGGAAUCCUGCAGGACUCUCUCAGUAAGUUCGUGGGCCGCACCCUGAAGGACUGCGGAGAGGAUCUUCUGGUGGAGAUCUCUGAGAUCCUCUUCAACGAACUGGCUUUCUUCAGGCUCAUGCAGGAUCUGGACAACGGCAGCUUCGUCGCCUCGGCAACCAAACAGAAAAAUAAGAAGAGGACGGAGCAGCCGAGUAAAGAGAAUCUCCGUCUCAAGGACGUGGGUUCAGGAAACACAAGUCAGAGGUCAGAUGAGGAAGAUUUUGUCAAGCUGGAUGAUUUACCACGGCAGCUCUCAGUGAUGUGUGAGGAGGUGGUGGAGAAGAAUGUGAACACACAGAACAGGAUGACGAAGCGGGAUGAUGGAGAGUCGUUUUAUUUCCCCUCCAACCUGAGUGACGACCUGGGAGCAGCAGCUGGAGACAUGCGCUGUCCACAGAUCGACAUGCAGUGGGUGGAUCGUCAGAUUGAAGCCAUCAUGGCCAAAGUCAGUUUCUUCCUAAAGGAGAGAAAGGACGAGGUGUUUUCCCGGCAGCUGUUGAAGUCCGUGCGGCUCGUGGUCCGUGAUGUCACGCGGCAAAACGACGAUACAGAGAAGUUUGUUCCCCACUUCCAAAGGCCGCCGGGAGCAUUAGUGGAGGACUCUCUCAGUCAGUUCAUGGGCCGCACCCUGAAGGACUGCGGAGAGGAUCUUCUGGUGGAGAUCUCUGAGAUCCUCUCCAAGGAACUGGCUUUCUUUGGGCUCAUGCAGGGUCCGGAAAGCAGCCGUUUCGUCGCCUCGGCAACCAAACAGAAAAAUAAGAAGAGGACGGAGCAGCCGAGUAAAGAUAAACUCCGUCUCAAGGAAAAUACAGCAGCUGGUUGUGAUAAAUCAGUUUCUCCUGUCUACUCAGAUGAAGACAAGGACCAUGAUGAAGCCGAGCAGGAAAGUGAUUCUGCACGACAGGAGUUUUACCUGCAGAUGGAGAUGAUGAACAACAGCAGCAGUGAAGCCUCGGAGGCCGAAGAGGAAGAUGAAGGAGCGGGACAGGGAAUCCUUCUGUCAAUCAGUCUCUCCAAAGCAGAGACUCAGGCUCUGACAAACUACGGCAGCGGCGAGGAUGAGAACGAGGAGGAGGAAAUGGAGGAGUUCCAGGCCGGACCUGUCGAUGUCCAGACCUCGCUGCAGGCUUCUGCUGACGGACAAGUGGAGCAGGAGGGGACAACGGCCGGUGAAAGCCGGGAGACGAAGCCUGGACAGUGGAGUUCAGAGAACGAUGACGAAGUUAAUGAAAUGAUUGAGAAUAUGAAUUGCACAGUGGAUGAAUGUAGCACGGCGGAGUGCCAGAGUCCUGAGGAGGAAGAGGAGGAGGCAGCUGCUGCUUCAGAAGAAAACACCACACUCUGUGAUGUCCCCAAGAAGUCGUCCACUACGAGCAGCCCUGACUCUGACUCACCCGUCAUGAUCAACGUAGACGAGGUGGGUUCAGGAAACACAAGUCAGAGGUCAGAUGAGGACGAUUUUGUCAAGCUGGAUGAUUUACCACUGCAGCUCUCAGUGAUGUGUGAGGAGGAGCUUCAGAAGCGGAUCGUGGAGGAGCAGCAGAACAACAACCUGUCGGUGGAGAUGCUCAGCGGGAACACGGAGUCGCUGACAGUGCUGGUGGGGAACGCUCAGGCGCUGAAGAAACCAGACACUGUCGACGCCGAGAGUCUGUGAGGAAACACAAAGGCGACGUCUCAAAGUCUACUGUUUUUAGCAACACUAUGAUUUCACCAUUAAUCUGUUCCGGUUUUAUGAUUGUUGAUUCUUUAAUCUGCUAGUUCAAAGAAAAGAAAGAAAAUAGAGACGGCUCUAAAUACUGGUCACAAGUUAGCUGACUCACACAGACACACACGUACACACACACUAAAUAAAACUAAACAUCAACACGUAGCUAAGUUUGUUCAUUGUUGCUUUAUGUCAUUUACUGUUACUGGGGGGGCGGGGUUUGUUUCUAAGCUGCUGAUUUCUGACGGUUCAGUCUCCGUUCGAUCUGAAGUCUCUUCCUCGGUUCUGGGAUCAGUUUGACAAGAGUUGCGAUUUGAGUUUUUUAAAAUGUUUUAUUUGUGUCGCCUUACUCUUGUACAGUCGUCGUUUCUGCACUUGACUUCUAGUUCUAAAGAGAUUAGGGUGCGAUGGGAGUUCAGAUGCAGCCGGUCUCGUUUCUCCAGCUUCAACACUUGUUCCCUGAUGAGCUCAGACUUUACUUUUUAUCCCCGUUUCCUUCUGUGAAUGUUUAGUCUCCAGUGAUUUUCUUUUUUUUUCCAUGUUAUAAAUUUGUUGACUACUGUCAUAAGUUUUAAUUAAUAAAAUACUGGAACCUUCAAA